AUGUACAGCCCGCCAAGCUCUGCCCAUGAACGAAUCUCCAUGUCGCCUUCUCAAUCCUCUCACCUCGACGACCAUCCAAAUAACGCCACCAAUGGACUCCCCCAUCCUUCCUCUCCCAGAGCUGAUUCACCUCCAUUACUAGGCACAGGCGGUCAACACGACGAGCUCAUUGACUCGGACGAUACAGUCACUUGUUUGUGGGAUAACUGUGGUGUGGUCUUCACCCAUCUACCGACAUUAAUUGACCACAUCCAUACCGACCACAUUGGCGUACACAAGUCAAACUAUACUUGCGAAUGGGCGACAUGCCAUCGAAGGGGACUCUCCCAAACGUCAAGAUUUGCUCUUAUAUCUCAUAUUCGGUCGCAUACGGGAGAGAAGCCAUUCAUCUGUCCAUUACCAGAGUGCGAUAAAUCCUUCACGCGAUCCGACGCUCUGGCGAAACACAUGAGAUUACAACACAACAUUGAACCUCCAGCUCCUGGUCGUGGUGGCUCAAGAAAACGAAAGCGAGAUGAAACAAGUUCUGCAGCUCCUGCUCAAGGGGGCUCGCCACCACCAGUCCCACAUCCCAGCUAUGAAGAGGCGGACGAAGCAGAUAUUGACUACGACAACUUUGUUCGCGCCAUGGAAAACGGAUUUUUACCUCAAUCCCCCGAUGAAAAUGUAGAAGAUGAGGGUGAUGACACGAUUCCGCCUGCUCUUCUGGCGCGUUACGAUCCCGCAACCAGGACAAUCCUCGGUCGAUCAAAGGAAAUGGUUAUGUAUUUGGUAAUGAAGGCAAAGCUUCGUUAUGCUGUCGAGCAACAAGGUUAUCUCCUCGAAGAGUUACGCAGUGCAAAAGCAGACUUGAAGCGAGAGCAUGAAGAUAAGGAGAGAAUGGUUGAUAUGUUUCUUCGAGGAACUUUUGGAUCUGAAGCAGAUGCCUUCAUACUUCCUAUCCAACCUCCGGGUGAACCCCAAUUAGAUUCCGUCCCCUCGGUGAACGGAAGCGGUCAUUAA